AUGAAGACAACGUGGAAGGAGAUCGCUCCUGUGCCAACAUCACAGGAGUUCAUCGACAUUGUUCUUUCCAGGACACAGCGCAAACUCCCCACGCAGAUUCGAGCGGGCUUCAAGAUUAGCAGAAUUCGAAACUUCUACACUCGAAAAGUCAAGUUCACUUCCGAGACGUUCUGUGAGAAAUUCACCGCAAUUCUCGACAGCUUUCCCCGGCUGCAAGACAUCCAUCCGUUCCACAAGGAUCUUCUCAAUACUCUCUACGAUGCCGACCAUUUUAGAAUAGCGCUCGGUACGAUAUCGACAGCCAAGAGACUGGUUGAGACAGUCUCCCGAGACUAUGUUCGACUCCUCAAAUAUGCUCAGUCGUUGUUCCAGUGCAAGUCGCUUAAGCGAGCUGCACUCGGUCGCAUGGCCACCAUCUGCAAGAGACUGAAGGAUCCUCUUGUGUACCUCGAACAAGUCAGACAGCAUCUCGGUCGUCUACCUGGCAUCGACCCCAACACCAGAACGCUGCUCAUCUGUGGAUAUCCCAAUGUCGGCAAGUCGUCCUUCCUUAAGUCCAUCACUAGAGCAGAUGUGGAUGUACAGCCAUAUGCAUUUACUACCAAGUCACUCUUCGUGGGGCAUUUCGACUACAAGUACCUGCGCUUUCAAGCUAUCGACACUCCUGGCAUCCUCGACCACCCUCUCGAAGAGAUGAACACCAUCGAAAUGCAGUCAAUAACCGCCAUCGCCCACCUACGGUCAGCUAUUCUCUAUUUUAUGGACCUCUCAGAACAAUGUGGCUACUCGGUCUCGGCUCAGAUCGCUCUUUUCAACAGCAUCAAACCUCUUUUCGCGAAUAAGCUCGUAUGUCUAGUUAUCAACAAGACCGAUGUGACGAAGCCCGAAGACCUGGACGCCGAGACGCAGCAAGAGCUGCAAAAUCUUGUCACUCAAAACCCCAACACCGAGCUCCUGCAGCUUUCUUGUGUUACUCAGGAAGGUGUUCAGCAAGUCAAAAACACAAUUUGCGACCGUCUCAUUGCAGAGCGUGUUAAUGCCAAACUGAAAGCCGGUCAGGCAUCUCAGCCCGCCAAUUCCGAGCAACCUACUGGGCGUCUUGGUGAUCUGCUGGCGCGUAUCCAUGUUGCCAGGCCUCUACCUGGUGCCGUGUCGGAAACUGCGAUUCCGGAGGCUAUCCUCAACGGCACACAUAAGAAAUAUGAUCCCACGGAUCCCAACCGCCGGAGGUUGGAACGCGAUUUGGAAGAAGAGAAUGGUGGCGCAGGUGUCUAUAAUAUGGAUAUGAAGAAGUUCUUUGAUCUUGGUAACGACGAAUGGAACCACGAUAAGGUGCCAGAGUUUUUCAACGGCAAGAACGUCGCGGACUUCGUUGAUCCUGACAUUGAGGCCAAGCUCACGGCUCUCGAAGAGGAGGAGGAGCGCCUUGAAGCAGAAGGCUACUACGACGAAAGCGAAAGCAUGGAAGAUGAGGAAGAAGCCGAUAUUCGCAUGAAGGCCGAACUGAUUCGCAACAAGAGGAGGAUGAUCAUGGAUGAUGCUCGCAGCAAAAAGUCACUCAAGAACAAAGCUCAUAUCCCCCGCGCCAAAAAGGCCAGGACACUGGGACAGAUGCAGAAUCACUUCGACAGCAUUGGCCUCGAUGCUUCUGCGCCUGUCGACCGUGCGCGAGCCCAGAUCCGCAAUGUGCCUGCACCAAAAUCAACGAUGGGCGACGAUGAUAUGGACGUAGAUCUGACCCCGGCGCAACGCGCCAAAUCCGUGGGCAGGGCACCCAAGACAAACAGACUUACAGAUGGCAUUACGAAUUCGUCGACGGCCGUCACCGAUCCGGCAAGAAGCGAGAAGGCGGCGCGCAUGUCGAAAUUGAGCCAGCGGCAGAUGAAUCGCAUGGCGAGACAGGGCGAGGCUGAUCGUCACACUUCGGCCAGCCUGCCGGCCCAUCUGCUCAAGGGUAAGCGGAAGAUGGGCAGCACGCGCUCACGUUAA